AUGAUGAGUUGGGGUGGCAUACAGAUGGAACGGGGUUAUAUUUUUGGAUUCUGUUGCCUAGUUCUGUUGGAUCCAGGACAGGUUUGGACUGGAAAUCCCAAUACCCAGAAGCCUGAGAUGAAAGUGCAAAUGGAAAUCAGCAGCAACACUAGCUUAGGUCCUACUUUGGAGGAUACUGCUCUGGCCCCCACUGAGGCCAUACUUGGGGGUGAUCGGUGCCUUGGUUAUUAUGAUGUUAUGGGACAGUGGGACCCUCCAUUUAACUGCAAUUCAGGGAUCUACAAAUUUUGUUGUGGGACCUGUGGGUAUCGCUUCUGUUGCCAGUUCACACCUAGGCGGCUGGACCAAAGUGGCUGCUCCAAUUAUGACAGACCGGAAUGGAUCAACACAGGCCAACCACCACCACAAGUGGAUGAGACUCCUGAGAAUCCCACAAGAGACAAGACCAAUAUGAUUGUAUACAUUAUCUGUGGUGUGGUGGCCAUUAUGGUGCUGGUGGGCAUCUUUACGAAGUUGGGACUGGAGAAAUCGCAGAGCCCUCAGGCAGAGAUGACCAUGUCCAGAACGCUCACCGAUCUACUGAAGCAGCCAGGACACAGCCCAUCUGACCUCUUGCCUGAUGGCCAUGUUGGCAGUGUGCAGGUCCAGAUUGGCGAUGGUUUUUCUCGAUCUCCCAGGAAUAGCACAGACAAGAACCACUUGAACAAUGCUGUGGUCAACCCCUCCACCGUCCCACAGAUUGGGCUGUCACAUUCACACAACCAUCGGCUGCAAAUGACAAGCACUAUGCCACACCAGGCACCAGACUAUGCCAAGUAUGCAACUCUCAAGGCUGUAGAAAGUGCUCCUGAGGAAUUCUACAAGAGAUUUCCUGUGGUGGACAUGCCGCCGUCAGGCACUCUGUCCUUCCCUCCCUUGACGCUACAUCAGAAAGACAUUCCGCCUUUUCAGGACGGCUGUGCCCUGAUUGGCUUGGCAACGCCAGGACAGAAAGCCAAAGUGAUGAAAGCCAGUGCCCAUACCCUGGCAGGCAGCCCAGCCUUCAAAGGGGGUUGGGAUCCCAGCCAUCCUGAUUUCCGACGACAGGCCUACGCCACCAAGCGUCAGUUCAGCAUCGAGAAGCUACCCGAGGUCUUCAACCAGACACCCACCCACUAUCCCCAGCAGCAACGCCCCUUUUCCACCAACAGCAAGACAGAAGUCACUGUCUAGAAUGGACCUCCUUCCCAUUCUCCCCUCUCUUUGAAAUAGUCAAACAGCCUGUGAGGUGUGGACUGCUUUGCCAAGCUAGAACAUCUCGUGAUGAUUUGGCAGAGUUGCUCCCCUCCCCACUCAUCUGGCACUGCUACGUUUUGUGUGUGUGUGUGUGAGAGAGAGAGAGAGAGAGAAUGAGAGAGAGAGAGAGAGAGAGAGAGCAGGGAAAUUAGAAAGGAAGAGUGGCCACCAGUACUGAGGGUUGAUCCACAGCUCCUAACAGAACUUGCCCAUUUGGGGUGGUCCUCUGUUUUCUGCAUCCUGACAGAACCUGGCCACCAUGCAUGGUGAAAUCGGCAUGCAUGUUGCUCCAUGAUUUGAUGUAAGAUUGUUUUUUCUAGCUCAUCUCUUCAUCACAUUGCACAGACCAGAAUGGUCAGCAUCAAUAGGAAACCUGAGGACUCCACUACUGUUCUGCAUGGAGAUGCAUCAGGCGGGGGUGGGGAAUAAAAAAUAUCAUUCCUUUCCCCUGACAAAGAAGACCAUCAGUGGUGAAUCAAAACACAAAACAAACUGCUGCAAUAAUUAACCAGAACAUUGUGUUUGAACAUUUGUCCAAUACAACAUUCCUCUUCUGCUUUUCCCUGUGGUUAAACAGAUGCAAAAAAAAGAGAAUACAACAAUGAAAGCAGAAACAAGCGUCAAAAAAGGAACUGCCAAAGGCUGGAAGAAAAUUUUACACAGUUCCCUUCAUUCUUAGCUUGAUUCUUGCUCUUGUCCAUCAAACCUAUCGGCUUGAGGCCAUUUGUUAAUAUUUCUUGUUGCAUAUAA